UUCCAUUGUUCCUCUUAAACUACCCCCUCCCCCAAUCCAAUCUCUCCCAAAUAUCUCCUUCUAUAAUGAGUUUUUCAUCCUCCUCAGGUAUCACCCUUGAAACACCACCCUCCUCCACCCCUUCCUUCUCUUUCUCUAUGUCUUCUUUUUCCGACCAACCUCCGCCACCCCGAACCACCGGACUCGCUGCCCGGAUCGCCGAACGAGUCGGCUCCGGUAUUCCCAAGUUCAAGUCAAUCCCUCCACCUUCACUUCCCAUCUCCCCGCCCGCGGUCUCCCCUUCUUCUUAUUUUGCUAUCCCGGCCGGACUAAGCCCGGCCGAGCUCCUCGACUCCCCUGUUUUACUCUCCUCUUCCAACAUUCUACCGUCUCCGACUACGGGUUCAUUCCCAUUUCAAGCUUUUAACUGGAAGAAUCUGAACGGCAACUUCCAUAAUGAAGAACAUAGCAUCAAAAAGGAGCAAAAAAGCUUGGCGGAUUUCUCUUUUCGACCACAAUUGCAUCAUCCUACGGAGCAACAGAUAUGGAAUAAUCAGAAACAACAGAUAGAUCAAGACGAAAAAUCUUUAACCCAAUCCGGACACUCGCCUCCGAUGCAGAGCUUCUCACCCGAAAUCGCAACAAUUCAAACCGAUUCAAACUCACAAGCACAAAGCUUCCAAUCUGGUUAUGACACCAACAGCAGCAGCAACUUCAACAACCAAACGUUACAGAAGAAGUCAGAAGACGGUUAUAAUUGGCGAAAAUACGGGCAAAAACAAGUGAAAGGGAGCGAAAACCCGAGGAGUUAUUACAAGUGCACGUAUCCAAAUUGUUCAAUGAAGAAGAAACUAGAGACUAAUAUAGAAGGACAGAUUACUGAGAUUGUUUAUAAGGGUAAUCAUAAUCACCCGAAACCGCAAUCUACGCGAAGAUCAUCGUCUUCUUCGGCUUCGAAUACUUUGCAGAUGAGUCAGGCUUCAAGUAAUCAUGAUGUUCAUGAUUACCCGGAUCAGUCUUAUGUUUCUCAUGGAUCCGGGCAGGUUGAUUCGGUUACUACGCCGGAAAAUUCUUCGAUUUCGGUCGGAGAUGAUGAGUUUGAUCGGAGUAGGUCCGGUGGGGAUGGUGUUACUGUUGAUGAAGAUGAGCCUGAGGCCAAAAGAUGGAAGGUGUCGGAAAAUGAAGGGAUAUCAAUGAUUGGUGGAACAAAGACGGUACGAGAACCGAGGAUCGUGGUUCAAACGACCAGCGAUAUUGAUAUACUCGAUGAUGGUUAUAGAUGGAGAAAAUACGGUCAAAAGGUGGUCAAGGGAAACCCAAAUCCAAGGAGUUAUUACAAAUGCACAAGUCUAGGUUGUUCUGUAAGAAAACAUGUGGAGCGAGCGUCACAAGACUUGAGGUCAGUAAUAACGACCUACGAGGGAAAACACAACCAUGAUGUCCCAAUGGCUCGUGGGUCUGGCCAUCGGUUACAAGCUUCAACCCUAAGCAACAAUGCGCCCUCGAUGACAAUUAAACCUAUGGCACUAUCUCAUUAUCAAGUUGACAACUCCAUGGUCGAUCCAACUCGUGGCCCGAGGUACCCUCCCUCAUCUGAAAAUCAAGCACCUUUUACGUUGGAGAUGUUACAAAGUUCUGAUAAUUUUAAGUAUUCGAGAUUUGAGAAUGCAUUGAAGUCCAAUUAUAAUGAACAUAAUUCAGAAAGAACGUUUUCUACGACUAAAGAAGAACCUAGAGAUGACAUGUUCUUUGAGUCAUUACUCUUCUAGUUUUCUAUCUCAGAAGGGUUAAUCAACACAAAUAAUACUUAAUAAUAGAACAUACAAGAAAAUUCUUUUGUUGCUUUAUUCCCAUGUUGUUUGUAUAUUUUUUUUUUUCAAUUCUUGUGUAUUUUUUUUGGCGAAGAAGAUCACAUAGGAGUCUAGUUACCUUUUUACCCUUCUGAGCCUGUACAAUGUAUAAACCUUAUGCAACAUAUCAUGAGGAUAUCUUGUGACUUGUUUAUUUUUACUAUAUGAAAGAAUUAAGACUUAUGUGGUG